GCAGGCAAAAAUAAUAGAUCCAUCAACAACAGUCCAGUCCAUCCGAACCGGAAAUCAGGUGCAGAACCGACGGUGACCCUUUAGCAGGGUCUACCCGAAGCUUUCAAUCAUGGUCUUCGAGUCCCUGGUGAGCGACCUGCUCAACAGGUUCAUCGGAGACUACGUGGAGAACCUGGACAAGUCCCAGCUCAAGAUCGGGAUCUGGGGAGGAAAUGUUGUUCUGGAGAAUCUGAAAGUGAAGGAGAACGCUUUGAGUGAGCUUAAUGUUCCAUUCAAGGUGAAGGCCGGACAGAUCGGGAAGCUGACGCUGAAGAUUCCCUGGAAGAAUCUCUACAACGACGCGGUGGUGGCCACCUUGGACGGUCUCUACCUGCUGGUGGUUCCCGGAGCCACUGGAUCUCAGGUGCAAACGUGUCCAUAUAACGCGGUGAAGUACGACGCGGCGAAGGAGGAGCGCUACCAGCAGGAGGCGAAGCAGAAGGAGCUGCAGCGCAUCGAGGAGGCGCUGCAGAUGGCAGCACGCAGAGCGUCUCAAUCUGGAGAUCUACUUUUUGGCCUGGAGAGUGUUGUGUACAAGGACCCUCACACUGUCCCAAAAGGAAGUAAAAAGCAUAAAAAGCUUAGAAAAGGCUUAAAGAAGCUGAAACGACACGAGAGCAAAGCAGAAAAGCCUCAGGAUUAUAAGAAGGACACCUUCGGGGAGAAGCUGGCAACUCAGGUGAUCAAGAACUUGCAGGUGAAGAUCAGCAGCAUCCACCUGCGCUACGAGGACGACCUGUCAGACCCGCAGCGCCCCCUGUCUAUGGGAGUCACUCUGUCAGAGCUCAGCCUGCAGACUACUGAUGAAAACUGGAAGUCGUGUAUCCUGAACGAAGCAGCCAAGAUCAUCUAUAAGCUUGGGCGUCUGGAUUGUCUCUGCGCCUACUGGAACGUCAACAGUCCGAUCUUUUACAAAGGAUCAUGGGAAGACAUUGUGAAUCAGCUCAAGUGUGGAAUCAGCAGUAAAGAUCGGGAGCUUCCUCACUAUCAGUACAUUUUUAAGCCCAUCUUUGCUUCGGCUAAAACGUGCAUCAACCCAAACGCCGAGCUGGAGCUAAAAACCCCUAAAGCAAACCUUCACCUGGAGGUCCAGGACAUCGCCAUCGAGAUGACCAAACCACAGUACGUCACCAUGGUGGAGGUGCUGGAGUCCAUUGACUACAUGGUGAAGAACGCCCCCUACAGGAAGUUCAGACCAGAUGUCCCCGUCCACCAGAACGCCAAACUCUGGUGGAGGUACGGCUUCAACAGCAUCCUGGAGGUCCACAUCAGACGCUUGGGUGACAUGUGGUCCUGGUCCAGCAUCAGAAAGCACCGAGAGAACCUGAAAGCCUACAAGAGCGCCUACAAGGCCAAACUGCUGAGCCAGAACAAGCCGAGCCAGGACGUUGAGCGACACAUCCAGGAUCUGGAGAAAGUUCUGGACGUCUUCAACAUCACUUUGAUCCGGCAGCAGGCUCACAUGGAGGUGAUCCGGUCGGGACAGAAGGUGGUGGGGAAGAAGACGCCGGGGGGGCAGAAACCGGGGGGAGGAGGUUUCUUCAGCAGCUUAUUUGGGAGAAAGACCAAAAAGGAAGAACAGGAGCAAGAGGAGAACAAGGAGGCCGAGAGUUCAGGGUUGGAAGACCUCAUGACAUCCGAAGAGAAAGAAAAGCUUUACACCGCCAUCGGCUACAGCGGCAGCUCUCACAACCUGACGUUACCCAAACAGUAUGUCGCAGUGGUCGUCAGCUUCCAGCUCUUCAGGACCUCUGUGACGGUUAGAGAGCAGCCCGAAGUCCCAGAACUCCUCAAAAUCCAGAUGAUCGAUCUCAGCACCAAGGUUUCCCAGAGACCCGGAGCUCAGGCCAUCAGGGUGGAGGCCACGCUGGAGCACUGGUACGUCACGGGUCUGCAGCAGCAGGGCCGCGUGCCGUCCCUCAUCGCCUCAGUGGGAGACUCGUCCUCCUCUCUGCUCCACGUCGUGUUCGAGUUGAACCCCGAGGAGAGUGGCGCCGACCAGCUGCUCCGGGUCCAUUCUCAGCCCGUGGAGAUCAUCUACGACGCGCUGACGGUGAACAGCGUGGUGGACUUCUUUAAGGCCGGGAAGGGCGUGGACCUGGAGCUGCUGACCUCGGCCACGCUCUCCAAACUGGAGGAGAUCAAGGAGAAGACGGCCAAUGGUUUGUCUCACAUCAUUGAGAACAGGAAGGUCCUGGACUUGAGGAUUGACCUGAAGCCGUCCUACCUGCUCAUACCCAGAGACGGUUUCCACAGCAACACGUCCGACCUCAUCAUCGUGGACUUUGGCAGCUUACAGUUGAACAGCGUGGAGAUGAGCGGCUCCUCCUCGUCCUCCUUCUCCUCUCUGGAGGAGAUCAUGGACCGAGCCUACGAGAGGUUCAACGUGAAGCUCCGACGCGUUCAGGUGCUCUACAGCAAGUCAGGCGAGGCCUGGGAGGCGGCUCGGCUGCAGGCCUCAUCGGUGCAGCACAUCCUACAGCCGAUGGACUUCACCCUCCAGCUGGCCAAGUGUAUGGUGGAGAAGGAUGCCAGAAUGCCCAGGUUCAAGGUGUCCGGGGAGCUGCCGCUGCUACACAUUAAGGUCUCAGAUCAGAAGAUCCACUACCUUCUGGAGCUGGUCGACAGCAUCCCGCUGCCCAACAUGGGCUCCUCCCCCUCCACCCCCACGGAGAAGGUGCUGUCCUUGGCGGAGAGCAGACCACGAGCCCUCCACCUUCACCCCGCCCUCCUCAACACCGUGGAGACAGACUCUGAUGAAGACACCAGUGAGAAGUCCGCGGACGAGGACCACCAGCGCUCGGCUCUGGAGGAACUCACAGACCUUCACUUCAAGUUUGAAGUCAAAGAGGUGCUGUUGGAGAUGACCCGCCAGGAGGACCGGGAAAAGACCGUCUUGUCCCUCAGCGUCUGUCAGCUGGGGGCUGAAGGGAAGAGGCGGAGCUUCGACCUCAGCAUCACCUCGUACUUGCGGAGGGUCACACUCGAUUACUGUGACGUACCAGGAGGCAGCAAACACCCUCUCCACCUGAUCAGCUCCUCGGAGCAGCAGGACUCAGACCUGCUGAGGGUGGAGUUCAUCAAGGCUGACCCCGCCGGGCCCAGUUUCCAGACUCUGUUCAACAGCACCGAGCAGACCCUGAAGGUGGACUUCUCCUCCCUGGACUUCCUCCUUCACGCCAGAGCUCUGCUCUCCACCAUAAACUACCUGAGCGCCGCCGUGCCGCCGCAACUCGCCGCCGCCCGAGACCCCAAGAAGCAGGUGGAGAAGCCGCAGCCUGGCCGGACAGCCUCCAAAGGAAACCAAGAUGGCGGCGCGUACAGCUUCAAGCUGUUUGCCGUGUUGGGCUGUUUCCACGUGGAGGUGUGUGAUGACCGCCGCAGCAUUGCCGACAUCAGAGUCCAAGGGAUUGAUGCGUCGGUGCUGGUGGGAGCGAAGGAGACGGAGGUGUCCGCCCGACUGAGAGACAUCGUGGUCACAGACGUCAACCCCUGCACCGUCCACAGAAAGGCGGUGUCCAUCGUGGGGGAGGAGGUGUUCAGCUUCAGACUCUCCUUGUUUCCGGGGGCAACGGAGGGAGGAGGCUACGGCGACAUGUCCAAGGUGGACGGGAAGGUCACGCUGCGUCUGGGCUGCAUCCAGAUCGUCUACCUGCACAAGUUCCUCAUGUCGCUGCUGGCCUCUUUUAGCUCUCAGUGUGCUGACGAGAUGUUCGUGGACAACUUCCAGACGGCUAAGGAGGCUCUGAGCGCCGCCACGGCUCAGGCGGCGGAGAAGGCGGCGUCCAGCGUCCGGGGCUUCGCCCAGAAGAGCUUCCGUCUGUCCAUGGACGUCAGGCUGAAGGCCCCGCUCAUCGUGGUGCCCCAGUCCUCCACCUCCCACAAUGCCGUGGUAGUGGACCUGGGUCUGAUCACGGUGGGGAACAGCUUCUCGCUGCUGCCCGUCGAGGGCUUCUCUCUGCCAGCCGUGGUGGAGAAGAUGGACGUGCAGCUGACCCAGCUGAAGCUCUCCAGAACCACGCUGGGACCAGAAGCUUCUCCGCACAUCCAGAUCCUCCAGCCCAUCAACCUGGAGCUGCUGGUCACCAGGAACAUGGCCGCUUCCUGGUUCACUGAGAUCCCCGGAGUCCGGGUCCACGGCGUCCUGCACUCGCUCAACAUGAGUCUGGGUAAAGAAGACCUGGGGGUGCUGAUGAAGAUCCUGGUGGAGAACAUCGGGGAGGGGAGCAAGGAGCACAGCAUGGACCUGAAGAAACAAGUGGCUCGAGAGAAGGCGGAGCUAGAUGAGCAGCAGGUGGAGGCGGCGUCGCCUCAGACGGGACGUGACGGUGCGUUGGACACCACCAACGGAGGCGUGAAGGACAACGCCGUCAACAUUCUCAUGGACCUGGAAAUCAAAGAGCUGCUGCUGACCCUGAAGAAGCCCGGAGAGCAGCAGGAUUCACCCUUCCUGGUCUUUCACGUCGCUCAACUGGGAAUCAACUCCAAAGUCAGGAAGUACGACAUGUGUGCCACGACGUUCGUCAACAAGGUCACCAUGAAGUGCCUGGAGUUCAAAGACUCGAGCGGCGAGCCGCUGUGUCUCGUCAGGUCUUCUGUGGAGUCUGGAGCUGAACUGCUCAAAGUGCAGUACUUCAAGGCUGAUCGAUUGGGGCCAAACUUCUCAACAGUUUACCACAACACCGAGCAGGUGAUCAAUGUGACAUUCACCUCUCUCGACCUCAUGCUUCACACCGAGGCUCUGCUCUCGGCCAUCAACUUCCUGUCGGCAGCGCUCUCGUCCGGCGGCACAGCGUCUCUUGAGCGGGAGAUCAGACCGAAGACGGAGGACAAGGCGGCGUCCGCCAAGUCCUCCGCCCUGGUGUCACCCGCAGGAAGUGACAUCAUCGACAUGAAGGUGACAAUGACGCUGGGGGCCUUCAAUGUUCUCGUGUGCGAUCAAAACUGCAACAUGGCCGACAUCAAGAUUCAAGGUGUUAACGGCUCUUUGCUGAUGCAAGGAACACAAACUCAUGUGUCAGCCCGCCUGAGAGAUUUCAUCGUCCUCAACGUGGACCCUAAAAGCAUCCACAAGAAGGCCAUCUCCAUCGUGGGCGACGAGGUGUUCAGCUUCACUAUGAGUCUCACUCCAAACGCAACAGAAGGCCCCGGUUACGCCGACACCUCCAAAACCGACGGCACAGUGAGGCUCAACGUGGGCUGCAUCCAGGUGGUUUACCUGCACAAGUUCAUCAUGUCCCUGCUGAAUUUUACCAACAACUUCCAGACGGCUAAGGAGGCUCUGAGCGCCGCCACGGCUCAGGCGGCGGAGAAGGCGGCGUCCAGCAUCCGGGACUUCGCCCAGAAGAGCUUCCGUCUGUCCGUGGACGUGAGGCUGAAGGCCCCGCUCAUCGUGGUGCCCCAGUCCUCCACCUCCCACAAUGCACUUGUGAUGGACCUGGGUCUGAUCACGGUGGGGAACAGCUUCUCGCUGCUGCCCGUCGAAGGCUUCCCGCUGCCGGUCGUCAUCGACAACAUGGACGUCGAGCUGAGGCAACUCAAAGUCUCCAGAGCCUGUUUGGACCCGGAGUCGGCCCGACCCACCACCGAGCUGCUGGAACCAGUGAACCUGCACCUGAACGUCAAGAGGAACCUGGCAGCUUCCUGGUACAAGAAGAUGGUUGCCGUGGAGAUCAACGGAGAUCUGAAGCCCAUGAAGGUGGAGCUGAGUCAUGACGACCUGAAGGUGCUGCUGAGGAUCCUGGUGGAAAACCUGGGCGAGGCGGCUAGUUCGCCUGCCGCCCCGAGACAGGAGGCGGGUCUGCAGCUCCGAGCAGCCGGAGGCCCCCCAGCAGGUGAUGUUGGUAAACCAGCUGUGAGCAGUGAUGAAGAGGAGGAGGAAGCUCUGGAGACCAUGAGGUUUAACUUCCACAUUGAGUCCCUCGGUCUGGUGCUGUACAACAACGACCCCAAACAGCCGUGGGCCCCCCAGCGGCAGCAGAGCCUCCGGCUGGGCCAGUUCGCCCUCCACCUGCUCACAUCGUCGGGGAAGGUCCUGACCAACGGCAGCGUGGAGGUGUCCACCGUCCUCAGGGGCUGCACGCUGGACGACCUGAGGACCGGCAUGGAGAGGGUGACCUCACGGAUGGUGGGCCGGAGGGACGAGGAGAGCCCCGAGGCGAUGAUCGACGUGACCUAUCGACAGGGCGCUGCGAGGCGCGAGGUGGUGGCCGUCCUGCAGAAGCUCUACCUGUGCGCCAGCGUGGAGUUCCUGAUGGCCGUGGCAGAUUUCUUCGUGCAGGCUCUGCCGCAGAGUCCCUCUCCGACCGCCCCGUCCGGGCCGAGCGACAGGCUCCCGCUGAGGCAGAGCGCCGAGCCGCGAGCCAACGCCAAGACCGCGCCACCCGUCAGGACCUGUCUGCGGGCGGUGGUGGUGGACCCCGAGGUGGUGUUCGUGGCUAGCCUGAUGAAGGCCGACGCCCCCGCCCUGGUGGCCUCGUUCCAGUGCGACUGUAGCCUGCAGGCCGAGGCGGACAGGACCCAGACCACCAGGGCCAACCUGAGGGAGCUGAAGGUCCUCGCAUGCCCCUUCAUCCGGAGCGAGGAGGACAACGCCGUCACUACCGUGUUGAGACCCUGCUCUGUUGCCUUGGAGACCAAAACCCACCCGAACCAGCCAAUGAGCGGCCGUGUGACUGUGGAAGAAGUCAUAGUCAAGAUCUCUCCGUUCAUCCUCAACACGGUGCAGACCAUAACGGCCGCCAUGACGACCAAGCAGAGCGGCGAGCAGAGCCAGGAGUCCAAGGCGGACCUCGGGGACCUCUGGUCUGUGAGGAACGUCCACGGCUGCAACUACUGGUUCUUGGGAGUGGACGAGGCCACGGAGCUCACCGAGAGCUUCAGAGAGCAGGACGGCCGCCAAGAGGGCGAGAGCCUCACGGCGGAGGUCAAGGUGGUCCAGGUGACUCUGGAGUCCGGUUUGGGUCAUCGGACUGUCCCCCUGCUGCUGGCCGAGUCCUCCUUCCACGGUUCAGCCAAAAACUGGUCGUCUCUGCUGCAGCUGAGUGCAGACGUGACCCUGGAGGUGAACUACUUCAAUGAGGUCCAUGCAGUGUGGGAGCCUCUGAUCGAACGAGUGGACGGCGGCAGGCGCCGAUGGAACCUGGAGCUCCAGAUGAAGAACAACCCGGUCCAGGACAAGAGUCCGGUUCACGGAGACGACUUCGUCAUUCUGCCCGAACCUCGCACGGCCAUCAACAUCUCCUCCAAAGACACCAUGAACGUCACGCUGUCCAACUGCAGCCUCAACGUCUUCUAUAACCUCGCUAAGGCGUUCUCUGAGGCCACAGCCUCCACCUUCGACUACACUCUGAAGGAGAAGGCCCCCUUCACCAUCAGGAACUCCCUCGGGAUUCCUCUCAUCGUGCAGCACAGUGCGAACCUGAGGCCGAUGGGUCCACCUGCACCGGGGAACCUGCAGGAGCUGCCGGUGGACGGGAGCAUGGAGCUGGAGCACUCUGCGUUUGAAGCGUCAUCACGAGGCAAACUGUCGGCUCUGCAGCGGCAGGAGAGCUGCCUCUUCAACCUCACCAUCGUUCCCUCCGGAUACAGCGAGAUCUCCAACAUCGCCGUGGACAAACCGGGCCGCCGUCUCUACAACAUCCGCGGCCCGAUGCUGCAGGAGGCGGUCUCUGUUCUGCUGCAGGUCGACGCCGCCGAGGGCAACAAGGUCAUCACCGUCCGCUCGCCGCUGCAGAUCAAGAAUCACUUCUCGGUGCCGUUCACCAUCCUCAAGUACUGUCCGGCGUCCAGGAGCCUGCAGAGCAUCGGACAGGCCGAGCCCCAGCAGGAGUUCCACAUGGCGCUGGAAGCGUACAGAUGUCAGCUGUUUGUGCGUCCGGCGGGUCACCUGAGCGGUCGCUACGAUCCGUCCUCCACCUGCGUGUCCUGGAAGGAGCAGGUGCACCGCAGUGCGGAGGUGCGCUCGGUGCUGCAGUGUCCGGCCGGCGACAGCAGCCCGCCGCUGAUGGUCAGCGUGCUGGCCGCCCCGGACCUCCUGCGACACAUCGCCAGCCACGGGGAGGAGGACUGGGACCCGGCCUACGUCGUGCACCUCCACCCGGUGGCCACGCUACGCAACCUGCUACCUUACACCGUCCGCUACCUGAUGGAGAGCUCAGCUGACUCUUGUGAGCUUCAGGAAGGCAGCACGUCGGACCUGCUGAGCGCCCGCGUCUCGGGGGAGAUGCUGUCUCUGGUCCUAAUGAGGUACCAGGGCCGCAACUGGCACGGACACGUGUGCGUGGAACAGGAAAUGCCCGAGUUCUUCGCCGUGUGUCUCGCCUGCGACUCCGACGCCAGCCUGACGCUGGACGUGAGCGUGCACGUGACCAGGACGGCCGGCCGCCUGCUGCUGUCCCUCUUCAGCCCAUACUGGAUCAUCAACAAGACGUCCAGAGUGCUGCAGUACCGAGCCGAGGACGUCAGCGUCAAACACCCCGCCGACUGCCGGGACAUCGUCCUCUUCUCCUUCAGGAAGAAGAACCUCUUCAGCAAGAGCAAGCUCCAGCUGUGCGUGUCCACCAGCUCCUGGUCGGACGGCUUCUCUCUGGACACGGUGGGAAGUUACGGCUGCGUCCGCUGUCCUGCCAACAACAUGGACUUCCUGGUGGGCGUCAGCAUCCAGAUGAGCAGCUCCAGCCUCACCAGGAUGGUCACCAUGAGUCCGUUCUACACUCUGGUCAACAAGUCCUCGUACGAGCUGGAGGUGGGAGAAGUCACCGGCCAGGCCUCCACCAGGUGGCACUACGUCGCCUCCAGCGAGUGCCUCCCUCUGUGGCCUGAAAACAGCUCGGGGAAGUUGUGCGUCCGUGUGGUCGGAUCCGAGACCACCUCCAAGUCCUUCUUCUUCAACCGGCAGGACAACGGAACCCUGCUGAGCCUGGACGUGUGCGGGGGGAUCAUCGUCGACGUCAACAUCUCCGAUCUGUCCACCAUCAUCAGCUUCAUCGAUUACUACGAAGGGGCAGCUCCAGCCCUGCUGCUCAACCACACCCCCUGGGUCACCAUCAGCUACAAGCAGAGCGGCUCAGCGACGGUUCACCAGCUGAAACCCGGCGCUGCUCGGCUGUUUGUGUGGGACGACCCGGCAGGCGUCCGGACGCUCAUUUGGAGCUGCAUGGAACAUUCUGGAGAGCUGGACCUGCUGAAGGACGCCGUGGGACAGUUCUCCUACGACAGCCUGUCUCAGGUGCACUGGGUGUCCUUCUUGGACGGACGCCAGCGGGUGCUGAUGUUCACCGAGGACGUCGGCGUGGUGACAAAGGCCCGCCAGGCCGAGGAGCUGGAGCAGUUCCAACAGGAAGUGAAGGUGUCGCUGCAAAACCUCGGUCUGUCGCUGAUCAACAACACCAACCGGCAGGAGAUCGCUUACGUCGGCAUCACCAGCUCAGGUGUGGUUUGGGAGAUGAAGCCGAAGAACCGCUGGAAGCCGUUCAAUCAGAAGAACAUCAACCUGCUGGAGAAAGCCUACCAGAGUCAGCUGAGCGGGAAGACCCAGGGGGGCUGGGUCAAACUGGAGGCCAACCUGGAGGUCAACCUGAACGGAGCCAUCAUGGCGAUGCGUCUGCCCUUCUCCUGCCCGGUGAGGCGCAACUUCCUGUCUGGGAUCCAGGUGGAGUUCAAGCAGUCGCCCCACCAGCGCAGCCUGAGGGCCCAGCUGCACUGGCUGCAGGUGGAUAACCAGCUGCCAGGUGCCAUCUUCCCUAUCGUCUUCCACCCGGUUCCUCCUCCAAAAUCCAUUGCUCUGGACUCUGAGCCCAAGCCAUUCAUCGACAUGUCAGUCAUCACCAGGUUCAAUCAGCACAGCAGCGUCAUGCAGUUCAAGUACUUCAUGGCGCUGGUUCAGGAGAUGGCGGUGAAGAUCGACCAGGGAUUCCUGGGAGCCACCUUGGCCUUGUUCACCCCCGCUGCAGACCCCCAAGCGGACAGUCAGAAGUCGCGGCUGCUGGAGAAAGAUCUGCAGCUUCUGCAGACGGAGAUGAUGGAGGCGCCGCUCACUGACGCGUCAGGACUCAACUUCUUUGAACACUUCCACAUCUCACCCAUCAAGCUCCAUCUCAGUUUGUCUCUGGGCUCCAGCGGUGAUGAUCAGGAGGCGGCGGCCCUUCAAUCCUUCAACCUGUUGCUGAAGAGUAUCGGAGCCACUCUGACGGACGUCGAUGACCUCAUCUUCAAGCUGGCCUUCUUCGAGGUGAAGUACCAGUUUUACAGCCGAGAGAAGCUGAUGUGGUCCGUGGUUCGUCACUACACUGAACAGUUCCUCAAGCAGAUGUAUGUUCUGGUUCUGGGUCUGGACGUCUUGGGGAACCCGUUUGGAAUGAUCCGAGGUCUGUCCGAGGGAGUGGAGGCCUUCUUCUACGAACCCUUCCAGGGAGCCGUUCAGGGACCCGAAGAGUUUGCUGAAGGGUUUGUGAUUGGGGUCCGGAGCCUGUUGGGCCACACGGUCGGCGGCGCCGCAGGUAUGGUGUCCAGGAUCACGGGUUCGGUGGGUAAAGGUCUGGCGGCCAUCACCAUGGACAAAGAGUACCAGCAGAAACGGCGAGAGGAGAUGAACCGCCCCCCCAGGGACUUCGGACAGAGUCUGGCGAAGGGGGGGAAAGGACUGCUGAAGGGAGUCAUGGGGGGGGUCACAGGCAUCGUCACCAAGCCAGUAGAGGGGGCGAAGAAGGAGGGGGCGGCGGGCUUCUUUAAGGGCAUCGGUAAAGGUCUGGUGGGCGUCGUGGCUCGGCCCACUGGGGGCAUCGUGGACAUGGCCAGCAGCACCUUCCAGGGCAUCCAGAGAGCGGCGGACUCCACGCAGGAAGUGACCCGGCUGCGUCCUGUGCGUCUCAUCAGGGAGGACGGCAUCAUCCGCCCGUACGACCUGACGGAGUCGGAGGGCUUCGACCUUUUUCAGCGCUCUGAGAUCAAACAUCUGGACGGUGAAGUCUUCAGAGACCACUGUCUGUUUCCUGGACACCGGAAGACCACCAUCCUCAUCACCAACAGGAGGGUUUUGUGCGUUAAGGAGAUCGACUUCGUCGGUCACUUUAACCGAGAGUGGGAGUGUUUGUUUGAGAACUUCUACCGACCUCCAGCUGUGACGGGAUCUGAGCUGAAGAUCUACUGCAAGGAGCAGCAGAUGUUAAAGUUGCCAAAGAGGGACGGUCAGGAGUCGGUGAGGACGGUUCAGCUUAGAGACCCAAACACUGCUCAGAAAAUGCAGGUGGCCAUAUCUGAUGCCCAGAUGGCGCAGCGGCAGCACCACAUGGCGCGACAGAAGUCCCAGCGCUUCCUCAAGGGCAACGGCCAGCAGUGACCCACUUCCUGUUCUCUGCUGUCAAACACUGCAUAUUGUAAAAUAUGUGAAGGAAAUAUAAAAGUAUACAUAGUUUAUUUAGCAGGGAAUAUGAGUCUUUUAAACUUCCUGUUGCCAGGAUCCGUCCAAAGAGCUGUAAGGAUUGUGGGUUUGAUUUACAGCUGAUGCUCUUAUUUUGAAGUGUGACUGGUCCAAAGAGGUGUUUGCUAAGGAUUGUGGGUUUGAUAUACACUGGAAGCACUUAUUUUGAAGGGGAACAAGGUCCUGCUGCUGUGAGGCAUUCUGGGUAAUAGUCCUUCAUCAAAUGAUGGUGAUGUGAUGGUUAAUGAAUUGAGACGAGUUCUCUUUGUUUUCAUUUAACCAUCUUUAAUACAUUUGGGUUUGGGUUUUUCUUCCCUGCUUUUCGCCUGCAGGCUGCAGGGCCACAUGGUUGAAGAUGAAGCCACGUGUUGCACUAAACUAAUAUUUGCAAUAAUUCAGUUGAUGAUUGUGACAAUCGUAUCCCUCAGAGGAGAAUAAAAGACAUUCAAAUGUCUUUAGACAAUAUCUUACUUGAAUGUUUAGUCCAUGUAACAUUCAGUGGAUCUAAUAAAUCCAAGGAUACAGAAUGUUUAUGUGUUUCACUAUUAUUUUUGUAACUCUUAAAUGUAUUUGCUUCCAUAUUCAUGUUUGAAAAACAAGAUGAUGUGUGAGCUAAAUAAAUGUCUGUGUGAGA